CCAUAGGGCGAUGCUGUCCCAGCUCUUCAUCCUCUCUUCCAAGGGAGAUCGGCUGCUCCAUAGGGACUUCCGUGGGGAGCCCUCGGAGCCCGGGACCGACGUGGCCGAGCUCUUCUACCGCGGCGUCACCGCGCUGCCGGGGGACCAAGCCCCGGUCUUCAUGGCCCUUGGGGGCCUCCACUUUGUCCACGUGCGCCACUCGGGGCUCUACUUCGUGGCCACCGCGGCGGCGGAGGCGUCGCCGUUCACCCUUGUUGAGUUCCUCAAUAGGUUGGUGGCGCUGCUGAGGGACUUCUGCGGGCCCCUGAGCGAGAAGAACGUGGGGGGGAACUUCGCGUUGGUGUCCGAGCUGCUGGAGGAGAUGCUGGACUAUGGGUACAUCCAGAGCACGGCCCCAGAGGUGCUGCGCAGCCUCACCCAGAGCCCCCCCGUGAGCUCCCCCCCCUUCAGCCUCCUGGACCUGGGCUCCAUUGGGCUGUUCGGGGCGGACACGCAACGCUCCAAGGUGGCUCCGGGCUCGGCCGCCACGAGACCCCUGGGGGCGGCCCGGGGGGAGCAGGGGGAGGAGCUCUUCGUGGACGUCCUGGAGCGCCUCACCGUGGUGCUGAGCCCCAAUGGUACCCCCCUUAAGGUGGACGUGCAGGGGGAGAUGCGCCUCAAGUGCUACAUCCCCAACUGCAGAGAGCUGCGCCUUGGGCUGAGCGAGGAAUUCUGCGUGGGAAAAGCGGAGCUAAGGGGCUACGGCACCCAGGUCCGUGUGGACGACGUCUCCUUCCACCCCUGCGUUAACCUGGAGGAGUUCGAGACCCACAGGGUGCUAAGGGUGACCCCCCCCCAGGGCGAGGUGACCCUGAUGCGGUACCAGCUCCUGGAUGAUGUCCCCACACCGCUGCCCUUCCGCCUGUACCCCCAUAUGGAGUGGGACCCUAUGGGGAGGUAAGGGGGGGACCCCCAUC